AUGGACAUCACUGCCGAGCAACUGCUGAUUGAUGUUGCCUCCCUGAGUGACCUCACUGAGGAAGAGGUUCGCCAGACUGGAGUGCAGAACAGUUUGGUUGCACUGCACCUUGCAGGGAAUGUUCCGGAUGAUCGCCCGGAUCUGCAGCGACUGGCGCAGGGACUGUCAAUGAUCCGCCCUUCUGCGGGCCCGCCAAUGGCGAAUGUUCCCACGACUGGGCCUGCAGAUGGCACAGAGGAGACUGCCCCUUCAAGUGCAGGAAUGCUCGGAGUGCUGCCUGGAGCCAAUGCAGCAAAUGAGCCGAAUGAUUCGGUGCUGGAGGCUCCUGCCCCGAGUGGACCGAAUGCCGCAGCGAAUGCGGUUCCUAGGGAAGCCCGCCACUUGAUGAAUGAGGUGCUGGUUCCGCAUCGACUGAGCAGGCAUGGCCCUGUGAAUGCACUGCGAUGGACUGCGGAGUUGAGCUCACCAGAGUGUGGAAUGAGCUUGACGUUUUUCAUCACCACUGUGGUGGAGAAUGACCGCCAGCGAGCGGCUGAAAGGGCGAAUGAUCUCGCCGAUCGAAUGCUUCGUGCCCAAGUGAAUUUGGCUGAGAGUGGUGGAACGACUGCCUAUCGAUUUGACCACCCCGAUCGGCAUGUGGAAUGGCGGUCUCCUCACUAUGCGAAGGAGAAUGCUACUGAUGCUCUGGUGAAUGUCGACGACUGGUUGGCGAUGGGACUGUACACCAAUGGUGUGCUGGAUUUGGCAAAGUUUCCUUGCCACCAGCUGAAUGGCAGCUACAAUGCCCUCAGCGCACUGAGGAAGACUGUACAAUGGGCGAAUCAAGGCGUCUUCGAGGAGAGUGGGAAUGGCGAACCGAUUGCCUUCGUGGUGUUCCGCCGCACCAAGACUGCAGCAAUGAGAAGAUGGGUUGCUGGCGGACCGAAUGGAAAUGCUCGAGUGAAACUGGCGAAUUACUUCAAUCGCCAAUUCACUGACCACAUCAGCGCCUUCGAAUGGGAUGGCGAUGGUCCCGACAACUGGAAGUGGACAAUGGAGCCACUGUCCCAUGCAAGUGCUGGGAUUGUCCGCGUUCCAAUGACGAUCAUGGAGUGGGGAAUGCUCGCCACCAACCGCGGCGACUCCCUGCUGGAAUGGCGACUGAUGGGACACACAAUGGACGAGAUCUAUGAGAAUGAUGGCAAUGAGGCGCAGACUGCCUGGAAUGCCCCCAAGGCAAAGGCGAAUGACCAGACCGUUGGAACUGCCCUCGCGCAGACUGCGAGUGCUCUCGACCCCGGCUCCGAGAUUGUCCUGCGCAAGAAUGCGAAGGGCACUGUGAAGUGA